GAAGAAGCCACCGAAGAAGUUGCCUGAUGCUUGUGGCGCAGAGGCGGAGGCCGAAGGCGGAGAUGAGGAAGCCCCGGAGAGCGGUGCCGACGCAGAGGCAGAGGCCUUGCCAGGAAGCCCUGGAGCGGGGCAGGAGGAGCCGCAAGAUGCGGAGUCUGGCGAGGCUACAGAGCAACCUGCGCCGUCGGUCCACCUCGAAGUUCCCUCUGACGAAUCGGCCGUGACCGGUGCGACUGAAGAUGAAGCCAUUCGGGCCGCCCAGCGGCAGCGUAAACAGUCUUCGUACCUGGCACGCCGCCAGUUCGUUGCCGAGGAGCCACUCAGCUUCAGACGCAGUGGCUAUGCAGCGCAGCAGCCCAACAGGACCACAGUGUCCUAUGCUGCGCAGCGCGGUCGAGAGCAGCUGGCAUCGUCCACAGGCGACCCAGCUUCCCCUUCGGCUGGCCGCGUCGCAUCACCGGGCUUGCGGUGGCGACGGCUAAAGAGUGCCUUUCGAGUCCAGCGUGCUUUGCGGGAGGAGGGUCACGCGGCCACCGGCUCGGAAGCUGCGAACACGGCGGACGACCCCUCGGCUAACGAGCAGUAA